AAACAAAAUCAUAACAUGGGAUCAAUAGUACUUAAAAGUCUAUCAGUUCUGCUUGGUAUUUUUUUCCUAUUUGUAGGCACUCUGAAAAUGAGUCCUGUCAUCAGCAAAGAACUCCACAAGGAUCUCCGAAAAGACUAUGUGAAGUAUGCCAAAGUAUUUCCACUGUCAAAAGCUGUGGAUAUUAAAGUGCCAGCAAAAUGGUAUAGAAGAGCUGUAGGUGGAAUUGAAGUACUAAGUGGUGUUUGUUUGGCAUUUGUUCCUUACCGUAAUGUUAAACAAGGGGCAAAUAUUACUCUUUUGGUGUCUCAUUUAUUGGCUGUUUAUACUCACUAUGCAGCCAAAGAUAAAUUUGAACGAAUGGCUCCUGCUCUAGUGUUUUUAUUCAUGUUAGCUGGACGAUUGGUUAUUGAUUAUCAACUAAGACGCAAAGAACUGGCAGAAGUUGCUGAAACUAAAGCUCAAAAACAAGAAUAAAAAUAAAAUAAAAUUUCCCAAACCCUGCUCAUUUUUUAUUAAAAAUUUUGCACAUUAACUAUUGUAUGAAUUUGUUUUAAUUUAAGUUGGGAAACACACCCCUUGUUCCAUCCCUCCAAAAACUGUUAACAAAUUUUUGUGUUCAUCAUUCUAGUCAUUAUUGUUAGUUUGUAAAUAAUUUGUGUGAAAUAUUAAAUAUUUUUACUAAGUUUUU